UGAUGAUAUCUAAUUUACAUAUACAUUACGAAUUAUAUAUUUUAUGAUUUUAUGAUACUUAAAUUUAAAUGUGGCGUUUUCGACUGACUGCAGAGAGUUAAUUAAACCCAAGAUAUCACAUGCAAGAACCGUCCAAUUUGAACUUUUUUUUAUAUAAAGGUGGAAAUCUUUGAGAAGACUUCUGGGAGGAUCAGGUCCGGGAAGUGUGGGAUUCGACGGGAGACACGUCGGGCGAUCAACCUUACUACCGCCCACUCACUAAAAUCAUCUAUUAUAGAGGAUUCAUGGCUCCUGCACACAGGACGCGGCAAAGCGGCAUCGCGGUGGCCAAUCACCGUCUUGCUUUUUUAUUAAAUACAUAUAUGUAUUAUCAGAAAAGCAAGACGGUGAUUGGCCACCGCGAUGCCGCUUUGCCGCGUCCUGUGUGCAGAAGUCAUCACACAUCUGAUGUAGCAAACUCGCGUUCUAUACCUGCCGCGUUUUCGCCGUCAUGUCAUGACGGCAGGCUCUGCUCGAUUUCUGCUGCAUUUUUGCUGUCAGUAUUUCAUGUGAUACAUCGUGCUGUAUUUUCGCCAAGUUUCUGGUAUUGCAGCGUGAUAGCAAAUAUGUCAAAUUUCUAGCUACAUUUUAUUAAUUUAAUGUGACAUCAUGACAUAUCUGUUUUUUUAUUUAAUUUUUAGUGAUAUAUUGUGUCAACACACAAUGUCUGAUUUUUGUUUUGUUAAUGUCUUUAAAUUUUGUUGUACUUUUGCUGCAUUUUUGAGGGCACAUUGUGACGCAAAGUCUACUCGAUUUUUGUCGUGUUUCUGUUAAUGUUAGUUGAAACGGCAAACUGUAAUUGCUUGCUGUCCAACUUUUGCCAGCAUAAUAUGUGUCAAAAUUUUUCAGUUUGUGCUCUCGGCAGGUUUGGCUAUCUGGGUGGAAUUAGAUAUAAUUAAUUCUAGCACUAUAAAAUAUGCGCAAAAAGCUUAUAUAUAUCAGGUAAAUAAAAUCGAUUGUCGAGAUGUUGGCAGUGCAGGAGUUUUCGGAUUACAGUAUAUACUUGGAAGGCAAUUGAAAUGUUCGGGAUGUGUGCGACAAGGCCCCUCCGUUCAAUUCGGUCUCCGUCCUCCGCUCGAUUGUAUAAAAGCUAGCCGCCGUCGAUGGAUCGCCUUAGUUUUUCACUCUUGCCCGUAGGAUCUCGUCAGCUGAAAAAGAAAUUAUUAUUCUCCCCUUUAUUCUAUCGAUUUCUUCUACGUAUUGUAAAACGGUUCAUUUAUACGAUGAAAAGAUAUUCUCUGCUUAUAGUAGUCUUGUUGGUGGCUCUAGCCAUUGCUGAGGAAAAGUAUACCAGAAAAUAUGAUGACGUGAAUGUGGACAAGAUUCUUCAGAAUAAUCGUGUCCUCACCAAUUACAUUCGAUGCUUGAUGGACGAGGGGCCUUGUACUGCCGAAGGCCGCGAGCUGCGAAAGACUGUGCCGGAUGCCUUGUCAAGCGGCUGCAACAAAUGUAAUGAUAAACAGAAAGUUAUGGCGGAAAAAGUGAUAAAUCAUCUUAAAACAAAACGAUCCAGGGAUUGGGAUCGUCUCGUCGCCAAAUACGAUCCAAAUGGCGAAUACAAAAAGCAAUACGAGAAAUCGUAAUUUCUUGAAACAUUUUAAUGCGUUUCUUUUACAUAAAAAGUAAUUUUUUAUACAAAAAUUAUUGGAAGAUGUAAUUUAAAUAUAUAAUAUUGUGAAUUGUUUAUCAUUUAAAUUUACAAUAUUUGUGGACAAUACGACGCAAUCAAUUGAAAUUCAGUCAAUAUAAAAGAAUUUGUUAAAAGUUUCAUUUUACUGAUUAAAUCAGCACUUUUUUUGCAAACCUGUGCGAGUUAUGUAAUAUAUCAUUCAUCGCCCAUGUCAUCAUCUCUUCCAAAUAAAAAAAUGCUAUUGUUAUGUAAGUGUUUGUAAAGAAUGUAUUUGGCAAUCAGUAUACACGCAGUUGUCAAUCAUAAAACGCAAUCAGAAAAUG